AGUCAUUAUCUAGGAAUUCACUGAGGAAUGGUUUCUGGAAAAAACAUUCCUUGACCGGUGAUCCUAAAUUCUUUCAUUGUUCUCAUUUGUCACACCUGCAGCUUCCUGGUCACAAUUACGUUGGGGUUAGUUCAGUUAGAAAAGGUAUAAAACAUGAGAGGUUUGAAGGGGUCAGCAGGUCCUCUUUUUGGAGGGCUCCAACGGCUGCCUUACUUACCAACAGACUCCAGCAUCAUUGGGACAAAGCUGAGCUUUGGCGCUAAGGAUUUGGGUGAGAUCUUUCAAAUCUAGCACUGGUUACACGAGGGCGGAGCUCUGGCUCAUUAGGCUAGAUAUGAGUGUCUCUCUCAGCCUUAGACUCGCAGCAACUGUCCAGGAAAGAAUGGAACACGUAAUAAAAUUGUUCAACAGCUGGUUUUGGUGGGAGAACCUGUGGAUGCCUGCCAACUGUACAUGGGCCAACUAUGAAGAUCGCAAUGGCCUUGUCUUUCCAAAACCACACCAGUUGUUUAUCAUAAUUCCCUAUGCAUUUGGGAUGUUGGCUAUCAGAUUCUUUGUUGAAAGAUGUUUUGCUGCUCCUCUAGCACACAUGUUGGGCAUAAAGAAUGUGAAGCGUAUCAAGCCCCAGCCUAAUUCCACGUUGGAAACUUUUUUCAAGGAGUGUACAAAAAGACCAUCACAGACAGAGAUACGUGGAUUAGCCAAAAAAUGUAAUUGGACUGUGCACCUAGUGGAGAAAUGGUUCAAGCGACGACGAAAUCUAGAAAUCCCGACUUUAUACAAGAAAUUCCAAGAAGCUUGUUGGCGAUUUACAUUCUACAUGACAUCGUUUGUUGCUGGAGUUAUAUUUCUCCAUGAUAAACCAUGGCUUUAUGACAUUUGGCAGAUAUGGGUUAACUAUCCAUUCCAAUCCUUGUUGGUGUCCCAGUACUGGUACUACAUGCUCGAGAUGAGCUUCUAUUUGUCCCUGUUGUUAACCCUUGGAUUCGACACCAAAAGGAAGGACUUUAAAGCCCACAUGAUUCACCACUUUGCAGCCCUUGGCUUGAUGUUCUGCUCCUGGAGUGCCAAUUACGUCCGUGUUGGAACACUGGUCAUGUUUAUCCAUGACUCUGCAGAUAUCUGGCUAGAGGCUGCGAAGAUGUUCAACUAUGCUCACUGGGAGAACACAUGCAGCGUCCUCUUUGUCAUCUUCUCAAUCGUAUUCUUCAUCACACGAAUGAUUCUCCUCCCCUUUUGGAUUAUGAGGGCCACGAUAUAUUAUCCGGUAUAUUAUACACAGACGGUGGUUCUAGCAUAUAUUAUAUUCAAUGGGCAGCUGUUGAUCUUGCAAGGUCUGCAUCUCUACUGGGGCUACUUAGUUUUCAGAAUCCUGAAGAAAUUCCUAUUUGUAAAGACUGUGAAAGAUGAGAGGAGUGAUGAAGAAGAGGAAGAUUCCUUCAGCGAUAAUGAUGAGAAAUGUACCAAAAACGGAAGCAAGAAUGGGGGCGAAUCAAGCCAUCCUCUCCUAAACAACAAUAAUUAGUGUGUAGCCAGAACCAUCUCCCUGCAGUGUUGCUUUCUGUGCCCAUAACCCAUCCUACAGCAGAGAGCUUAGCAUCAACAUCUUAACUGGAGUCCAUGAUUGAUUUUAUUAUUGGUCAUUCAAGCUGGAAGAGAGCCCAGUUUUUAAAAAGAGCAAAAAUACUUAACUCGACCAGAUGUGUUUAACGGCCCACUUUCUAACCCACUGUGUAUGGGCGCAUGGCGAAUGUGACCUUUUCAGCUCGGGAUGCUCAAGGAUUUCCAAACGGCCUUGGAACAUCAGUGUUUCAAACUGAGUUGCACAACCAUUUAAAAUUCUAUAAGAAUUAUGCAGUUUUGCCGAGUCUCUAACAAUAUUUAUUAUGACUUCAGAAGUGUGGAGAUAGUGCAAAAGCUGGUGAGGAGCUAAAUGGUUUUACGUGAAGAAAAUUCAUGAAACUAGAAUUAUUUUAAUAAAGCAUUAAUCAUCCUUGUUGGACUUCAAGUCUUUAUCAGUGAGCUACUUAUCUGAGGACUGAAUUUAAUCCCCUUUUGGCUGUUGUGCUGUGUGUAGUUGUGUUGCUUAAUUUCGUUUAAAAGCAGCACCACAGCAGCAGAGAGUAACAGCAGAUGUUGAAAUGCAAGUGUGCCAGCGUGUGCAUGCGUUUGCCUAAGAAAGCAGGCUUUUACCCUGCUUCAGCAUCACUGAGACUGGAGACUUAGUAAAAUAAGAAAAGCUACUUUAUUUAUAGAAAUACAUAGUAGAUAGAAAAGGCAAACCUAGUUCUAACUAACUAGCUAAGUUGGAGGCAUAACUCCCAGGGGUAGGAGUCAGCCCCAUGCUCCGAGAGAGAGCAGAGACAAAGGGAGUCUCCUCUCUCCUGGUCAGCCGGAGGACAAAGGAGUGGAAAGGGCGGAAGGAGGAGGGGCAGGUAAGCUUCCCUAAAGGUGUCACAGUCUAGCGACAGAAGGAAGUCAGUCAGAGCAUCACAGGUAAAAGGUAAACAAGCCUAUCCAUCUGGAGGACCCUAGCUCUAUCUUCCUUCUGGAGCACAAACAAAAGAACAAAACGGGAGUUGCUCUUGCCCCACUUCCAACAUUGGCAAGAAUGACCUUAGGAAGAGGCAACAUAGACCCGAAUCCAUCAAGGUUAUCCACAAUAUUUUUCUCCAGAAUGAGCUGCUCAUGUGUUUGGUACUUUAUGGUUGUAGCACAAGACUCUGUGGGCUCUCUAGGAGAGCGCAAUGGCCAGUCUGUGCAUGGACAGCCAGUCUGGAGCCUGCAAACAUGGGGUGCACCCUCAGGCCAUUGGUCCAUCCAGUUCAGGACUGGCGACAGGCAGAGGGACUCCAAGGUUUCAGAUAGGGGUCUCCCCCAGCCCUACUUGGAGUUGCCAGGAAGUGAACCUGCAUGCAAAGGAGGCGCUCUACCACUGAGCUAUGGCCCUGGGAACACAGGAAGUUGCCUUAUACGGAAUCAGUCCAUUGGUCCAGCUAGCUCAGUAUUGACUGGCAGCAGCUCUCCUUAGUUGGAGACAGAAGAGAUUGCUAGCCUUACCUGGAGAUGCCAGGGAUUGAACCCAGGGCUGUGGAGUCGGAGUCGGAAGCAAUUUUGGGUGGAGUCGGGGUCGGUAGAAAUGUACUGACUCCGACUUCAAAAUAAAAUUAAUAUUUUAAUAUUAAUAUUAAUUUAUUAAUAUUAAUACAUUAAUAUACAUUUGCCAUUUAUGAAGGAGUCAGAGUCAGAGUCAGACAGUAGAAAAAUUAAUAUACAUUUGCCAUUUAUGAAGGAGUCGGAGUCGGACAGUAGAAAAAUAGAGGAGUCGGAGUCGAAGGUUUGACAUACCGACUCCACAGCCCUGGUUGAACCUGUGACCUUCUGCAUCCAAGGCAGAUGCUCAGCCACUGAACUACGGCCCUUCCUCUAUGCAGCAAGAGACUAGCAGCAACUCUGCAGGGUUUCAGGCAGGGAGUCUCUCCCAAUCCUACCUGGAGGUGCUGAGGAUUAAACCUGCAAACUUCUGCAUCCAAGGCAGAUGCUCAGCCACUGAACUAUGGCCCUUCUCUGCCCUAGAAGAUGCUCUAAAUAAUGGUAAAUAUGGUGGCUCACCACAUGGCACACGUAGCUGAGAAUUCCUGGUCCUUUUAGCCCAGGUGGUUUCUGACAGCUUGGUAUGUGCAGCCCUUGAAACAAUCCACUGUCCUUCUCUCUUUUGAGGUAGGAGGAAAUGAGCAAGAUUCUUGUUGGGCUUCAAACAGCCUUGUGCAAAUACUGGGUGGCAACAAACCCAUGAGCAGCUCAUUCUGGAGAUAAAGGGUACGGAGAGCCUUGGUGGAUCAUAUACUGCCUUCAGGCCAUCUCUGCCAAGCAGGAAUUCCAUGUAAUUUUCAGGAAAGCAACUCACUCAGUGAAGGUUUGAAGCCCAACAGGAGAGUUCUAGUUUCUUUAUGCCAGGUGUGGAGAGAAUUCUAGUUUCUUUAUGCCAGGUGUUGCCGAACUACAACUCCUGCCAUCCCCAGCCAUUGGCCAUGCUUGCUGGGACUGAUGGGAAUUGCAGUCCAGCAGCAUCUGCAGGCCAAAGGUCCCCUACACCUGCUUUAUGCUUUUAUGUCCUUGUAUUGUUGUAAGUCUCCUGUGGAAUGUCCUCCUCCCUAGCUGGAAAUCUAUCCUCCAAGAAACCAGGUAACAACUCUGGAACCCGUUGGCAUCUGUGCUUCAGAUUUGUCUGUUGAAUUCCUGGUAGAGGAAAAGUUACCAUGUUUGGGACUUUUUAAGCUUAGAAAAAAAUUGAAUAACAGCGGGGCACAAUAGAGGUAUCGUCACAUCCAUCCCAUAUAUUUAAACCCACCCCCUUGAAUCCUAGGAACUGUAGUUUACCCAUAAGAGAGCUAUAAUUUCCAGCACCCUUAACAAACUACAUCUCCAAGGAUUCUUGGGGGGAAUCCAUGUGCUUUAAAUCCAUGGUAUGGAUGUGACCGUAUAAAAUUAUGGACAAAGUGGAGAAAAUAAGAGACCAAACAACAUAAAAAAAAAUCCUAAACCAUACCAGAAAUAAUGGUCACACCCACACCAUACAUUUCAAAGUCUCUUAUACCACUUUAACAGCCAUGGCUUCCUCCCAAAGAAUCCUGGGAACUGUUGUGCAUUAAGGAUUUUUAAGAACUCACAGGACCCUUCACAAACGACAGUUCCCAGGAUUCUUUGGGGCAGAAGCUGUGACUGUUAAAGUGGUCUAAGAGUGCUUGAAAUGUAUGGUGCAGAUGUGGCCAAUGAUUCUGAGGGCGUGCUGGCUAGGGGCUGAUAGGAGUGGUAGUCCAAAACAUCUAGAGGGCACUCUGGUUUGGGAAGGCUGAUGUACAUGAACAUUCUUGGCUUUGUUCUGAUUACUUUAUUUGCCCAUUUGAACUGCACAACAUUAGUAAAACUGCCCUCUUUGGAAUCCCAGAUUCUAGUCUAGCCCCCUCUUUGUAUAUGCCACGUCAUAUGUCUCAUAUAUCAAUCGCACAAGGAUCAAAUAUGGUCCAGGGUGGAUGUUUGUGUAGGUGUGCAUAACUGUAUGUAUAGUUUGCAGUACCAAAGACUUGUUAUAUAUGUAUGUGUGCCCAGGAUGUUGCUACUUUGCUCUGCUUAGACAAAGAUUCACAUUACUGGGGCUAGCCUUACUGUUGGACCGUCUUAGGUGGCUACCUAGGACAGCACUUGAUGGAAGGAACUUUCCUUUCUCAGCACUGACUUGCUGCAUGCAAUUCUGCUGCCAAUUAUCAGCCGGAAGUGAAGGAAGGGCAGAAAGGAACAAGGUCAGUUAACAGCCUUGAGCUCAGGUGGGCAAGGGUUGCCUUGUGGAUCUGGGCUGCGUCUGAGACCAGAUGAAUAGCAGCAGCUUUUAGGACCUGUUGCCAGUUGCGGAGGGGCCGUAGCUCAGUGUUAGAGCAUCUGUUUUGCAUGUAGAAGGUCCCCGGUUCAAUCCCCAGGAUCCCUGGGUAGGGCUGGAGAAAGUCUCCUGCCUGAGACCCUGCAAAGCAGCUGCUAGUCAGGGUAGACAAUUCUGAGCAAGGUGGAUCAGUGGUCUGAUGCAGUGUCAGGCAGCUUCCUAUGAAGAGAAGGAGUGAACCAGAGAGCCAAAGGUGCCUGGUGCUAUUGUAGAAAUGGGUGGGCGUGAAAGAAGACCCAGUCAGGGCCUGGCAAGACCAUUUGUCCAAAUGAGAUCUGUGAGGAGAACAGGGUAGCCAAGGAAGCUAGAAACCAGAGUAGAUAUGUGUGUGUUGGAGAGAGUUGUUAUUCAUUUAAGACUUCAGUUUAUAGAACACAAGAAAAAGGUGAAAUCCAAACUCAGGUUGUUAUCCUCACGGUUCCAGUAGAGAGACCAGUUUUUCAAUAAACUUAUUUAAAAAUG